UUUUAGCAAACAACACAAAUUAAUUGGCGCUUUCAGUACUGGGGUAAAACCUUUGGACUUUAUUUUGCUCUCAAAGGUUUAAAAAAAAACAUUACCUAACGUAAUGCAUGUAAACAUUGCUAUAGUUUACUCUGUAAACUCUCCUACUCCCUGUGAGGAGCAGACAGGUGAGCAGUUGUUGUUGACCUCUGCUAAUCGGAUUAUAUGAUCUGAGAGGACACGACAUGAUCAGUGGAGACGGAUAGGGGAAAGAGACAAGGCUAUCCACUCUCUUUCCUACUAACUAGCUUCUUUUCUUUUCGGAAAACAAAAUGCCUCUUUUCAUAAACAAGGACCAGAUAUUUGCACAUCAGGUACACCUGCUGGAGCACAAACUGAGGAGUAAAGAGGAGCGAAUACUUGAACUGGAGACAGAGAAUGCUAUUCUUCAUUUAAGACUUGCUGAGUGUCUGGGGAAACUCCGUCAGGACCACGAAGAGGAGACCAAGACCCUGAACCUUCAUCAGCACCAGAGGGAUGCACAGAAGAUAACCGGGGCAGCCCUCGCCAAACUCCUCUCUGAGGUCCAGGCUGUGAAGCAGGACUUGAGUGAACUUUUCGCAGUGUAUUUGAGUUUUUCCACUGAGCUGGAGGAGCAGAACAAGCAGCUGCUGGAAAAAGUCGAGCAAGUCAGCUGUUCUCUAAAUGGUCACCAUGGAGAUGAGCUUCAAAACUUGCAAGCCGGUGUUGCAGCUCUGGAGCGCUCCCUGGAGGAGGAGAAGGAGAGGUGCAGGGCAGAGAGGCAGAGGAGGAAAGAACUCCAUAACACACUGGUGGAGUUGAGAGGAAACAUCAGAGUUCACUGCAGGGUGCGACCUGUUCUUCCCUUCGACCACGUUCACUCCACCACUUCUGGGUCAAGGCCUGCAUCAUCAGAAGAAGCAGUCUCCGCAAUCAGUGAUGACACGGUGAUGGUGAAUUGCAUGAAAACGGGGAUGCCGGUGCAAAACAAGAUGUUUGAGUUUGAGAGAGUGCAUGGACCGGAGGAUUCCCAGGAUGUGGUGUUUGAGGAAGUCAAGCCGCUCCUCACCUCUCUGCUGGAUGGAUACAAUGUGUGUAUCAUGGCGUACGGGCAGACAGGCAGUGGGAAGACUCACACCAUGAUGGGAUCCCAGCAGCUGGAGGAGCACUCAGAGACGCAGCAGGAGGCGCAGCAGGGGAUCAUCCCCAAGGCUGCUGCUGAGCUCUUUCGACUGAUCUCUGAGAAGCCUGCAGAGGGCCACACGGUGGAGGUGUCUGUGAUGGAGGUGUAUAACAACGAGGUGCUUGACCUUCUUGCCGGAGACGCACACCCGCGCCGGGACGUCGUCACCACCUCCUCUGGAAGCAGCCAGGUGCCCUGCCUCACAUACGAGCCUGUGCAGAACGCCUCUGAGGUGAUGCAGAUUAUCAGCAGUGUUUUAAAGCGCAGGGCUCACUGCCCCACCCUCAUCCACACCGACUCCUCUCGCUCUCACGUCAUCGUUACCCUCACCAUUUCCUCCAAGAGCCCCAACGCGCUGGCUCUGGCUCGCAGGCUACAGAGUGCCAAGAAGGACAUGCAACGCUCCAACCAGAAGGAGUGGUGGAGCCCACGCUGCCGCCGUGCCAACCCCGCUGCCAACUACUCCUCUGAUCAUCUCUUUGCGAGCACACCCUCCUCUCCUUGCCGCUCCCCGUCCCCCUCUCCAUGCCCCUCCCCCAGACCCAGCGUCUCUCAGGGUCCGUUCAGCACCAAGCUGCAGCUGGUGGACCUGGCAGGGAGCGAAUGUGUCGGUAUGUCUGGAGUUUCGGGUGCAGCUCUGUGGGAGGUGUCCUGUAUAAACCGCAGUCUCUCCGCUCUGUCUGAUGUGCUGGGCGCUCUGGCCGAGCAGAGACCACACGUCCCUUACCGGAACAGCAAACUCACUCAUCUGCUGCAGGAUGCCAUAGGUGGCGAUGCCAAGCUGCUGGUGAUGCUGUGUGUCUCUCCCACGCAUCGAUUCAGCACCGAGUCUCUGCAGUCUCUGGGCUUCGGCACACGGGCCCGUCAGGUUCAGAAGGAGCUACCGCGAAGGAAGAAUAACAGCCUAAAAGUUAAGUGAGGAAACUGGAGACUGAGAUUUCAUCAUCUGCAGAUGACGCCGUAGAUCCUCUAUGAGUAAUGCCAAGAAAACAGAUUUGAGAGUAUAAGAUCUAUACCUGCAUUUUUUAAAAUGUAGCAUCUGGGCCCCUUGUUACUCUUAGUCAUUAUUUUAAUUGGGAAUUAGAUUGGUUAUGGCAGAAUUAUUUAUAUUUAUAUAUUUGUUUAGAGGUAAGUGAGGGGAAAAAUUAGUUCUGGUGGUCAAUUUUUUAAAGUCUCACCUUAAUGGAUCAUUUUAAGUUCCUUUAAAACUAUGAAACAGGUGAAGUUUUUUCUGGUCAGGAACAGUGUUUGACUGCAGCGCCACAAGA